CACAAUUAGUAAUAAUAGAAUUGCUAUCAAAUAUAAGCCAAUCCAUAAAGCACAAGUUAAUUAAUAUUAGAGUUAACAACAAUUAACAACAAUUUAUUAUAAUCAUGGUUAAAUUGACAUCACUUUUAUUUGCUGUUUUACUUUCAUCAACUUAUUAUGUUGAAAAUGGGUCAGCAAUUAAGUCGAUUGCAUGUAGAUUCUGUUUUGAUUUGAUUUCAAAUGCUUAUGAUUUGUUGGGAGACGAUCGAGAGGUUGAAUCAAUUGUAUCGGCCUUAAAUUCCGCUUGUGAUCGUGUCUAUCCAGUAAAAGACGAUUGUGUAAAUUAUGUUAACCAAUACACUCCGAUGAUUUUGGAUUUAAUUGCUAACACAACAAAUCCUUUCGACGUUUGUACCUUAAUCCAGCUAUGUGAUAAAGCAAUUGAAUUAAAGUCGCCAUUACUUGUCGCUAAAAGGGAUUUAAAAGUUGAUCGUUGCGACAAGUGUUUAGUUGAUAUUAAAUCGAUUCAAACUGACCUCAAAUUGGCACGAAAAGAGCACUUCCCAAAGUUACAACGCUGUUGUGGUCAAUAUCCGACACCCGAUGGUAUGUGUGACAAUUAUAUUGACUUUAUGGUUAAGAUUUAUGACGAUCUAGAAUCCAAACUUGACCCACGAAACACUUGUAUGACCUUUGGUGCUUGUUCGGAAUCGUUGACCAGUAAACCUGACGAUGGACAAUCAACGAUCAAAAAGAUUGAACCAGAUUGCUUUUUGUGUAAACAAGUAUUUAGACUCUUAUACAAAGUGAUCGAGAAACAGUCCAAGGUUGAUAUCGAGUCUGCUUUGGACAAAGUUUGCGAUACCAUGUUACCUACAGCAGAUCGUAAAAGUUGUUACAAGUAUAUCGACACUUAUACAACUCAACUGAUCGACUUCAUCCAAACGCACACCGAUGCUAAUGUGGCCUGUCACAUAAUCGGUUUGUGCAGAGAGCAAUUCGAGGAAAAUCUGAACAGUCUUUCAUCCCAAUUGAAUCUGAUCAACACUCCACAAGUAUUUUCGUCAAUUGAAUGUGACAAUUGUAAUAAAUCAGUGGCCUGGGCCGCUGUUACAGUCAAAAGCUACGCGAGCUCCUUGAAUGGAAUGAUAGAAAAUACUUGUCUUGAAUAUACUCAAAACCAUCUAUCAUGUAAAAGUUACAUGGCCGAUCAAUUUAACUACGAUACCAGUCAAUUAAUUUCCAAAACAAGCCCAGAUUAUUUCUGUACAAUAAUCUUUGGACAGUGUCCCUUAACGAAGGGGCCAAAUUAGUAAUAAAAAACUGAUCGAAACCUUUUUCAUUUCCAAUAAAUAUUUUUAUUUCGUACAAUUCAAAAUAUCUACAAAAUUUAUCGAGAAAAUCAAUUAAAACAAAUCCAUUAAUCGA